CCACAGUCCCCUCUGAGACGAUGAGAACACACACCCGCGGGGCCCCCACAGUCUUCUUCAUAAGUCUGCUGUGGCCCCUGCUCGCCGUGCUGGACGUGGGGGCGGCGGCGGAAGUGGACCCCAGCGAAGGAAUCCCCUUCAUGGGGGGGAACUACAAUGGUCACCCCAUGCUGUACUUCAACCGGGGGGAGGUGGAGGAGCUGCAGUACGCGGCGGGGGGGACUCACAGCGACAUGGCGAGGAGGAUCCGUGAGGCGGGGGAGACCAUGCUGGAGCGCCCGGAGCUGUACCUGCCCCCCUGGAGCCCCGCCGAGUUCAGCGCCCGCUGGAACGAGCUGUACGGGAACAACCUGGGGGUGCUGUCCAUGUUCUGCCUGCUCUACCCCCACCGGGCGGGGGCCCUCGACCUCGCCAAGGACUACAUGGAGAGGAUGGCGGCUCAGCCUAGUUGGUUGGUGAAAGACGCCCCCUGGGACGAGGUUCCUUUGGCGCACUCUUUGGUGGGGUUCGCCACUGCCUACGACUUCCUGUACGAGUUCCUGAACAAGGGCCAGCAGGAGCGCUUCCUGCAGGUGAUCGGCAACGCGUCGCGCCUCAUGUACGAGAAGUCGUACGUCCGCGGGUGGGGCUUCCAGUACCUGCACAACCACCAGCCCACCAACUGUGUGGCGCUGCUCACAGGGAGCCUGGUCUACAUGACCCAAGGCUACCUGCAGGAGGCCUACCUGUGGACCAAGCAGGUGCUGUCCAUCAUGGAGAAGUCCAUGGUGCUGCUGCAGGACGUGACGGACGGCUCCCUGUAUGAGGGCGUGGCCUACGGGACCUACACCACCCGCUCCCUGUUCCAGUACAUGUUCCUGGUGCAGCGCCACUUCUCCAUCAGCCACUUCGACCACCCCUGGCUGCUGCAGCACUUCGCCUUCCUGUACCGAACCGUCCUGCCAGGAUUUCAGCGGACGGUGGCCAUUGCAGAUUCUCACUACAACUGGUUCUACGGGCCAGAGAGCCAGCUGGUCUUCUUGGACCGCUAUGUGUUGCGUAACGGCAGUGGAAACUGGCUGGCAGAUCUGAUCCAUCGAAACAGGGUGAUGGAGGGGCCGGGGCAGGCGGGGAAAGGCCAGCGAUGGUGUACCCUCCACACAGAGUUCAUCUGGUGAGACGCUCCACUUGGUAUGAUUCCAGGACUGUUUCCGAAGCCUCCAUCAGAUUUCGGAACAUCUCAACUUCCCUUUGAGGACUGGGGGGUGGUGACGUAUGGCAGCGCUCUACCUGCAGACACCAACCGCACCUUCUGUCCUUCAAGGCGUGGGAAGCUGGGGGGGCGGGCCAGUCUCGACAUCGUUCACAAGAACAAGUACAAGGAGUGGAUCAAAGGGUGGAGGAUUAACGCUGGCCACGAGCACCCUGAUCAGAACACUUUCACCUUUGUGCCCAACGGGGUCCCGUUCAUCACAGAGGCUCUGUAUGGACCCAAGUACACUCUGCUGAACAACGCGAUCUUGUUCAGCUCUGCUAUCCCAGGGAGCUGCUUCAAGCCGUGGGCUGGACAGGUGACAGAGGCUUGCGACUCCAAGUGGUUGAAGUACAAGGUUGGGGGCUUGGCGGCGGAUGCCCAGGGCAGAGUGGAGGCUGCCAUGGAGAGGCAGGGCAUGGUCUUCAUCCGAGGGGAGGGACAUUCCUCUUACAGUCCCGAGCUGAAGAUCAGGAGCUUCCAGAGGAACCUGCUCCUUCUCCACCCACAGCUCCUGCUCCUGGUGGACCACAUCCACCUGGACCCGGAUAGCCCCACCAGGGCGAUGAGUGCCUUCUUCCACAACACGGAGCUGCCAUUCCAGAGUACCAAGAUAGAUGGUGUUCAUGGAGCUUUCGUAUCCCACGGGGAGGAUAACUACAAGAUGUUCUGGAUGGAUGACACCGGCUACAGUAACAAAGGGGUGGUGGGUUACUGGAACUACCCUCGAGGCUACCCGUACAAUGGCUCCAACUAUGUGAACGUCACUAUGCCAUUGAGGUACCCUCACACUAGGGUUGCCUACAUUUUCUAUGGACCAGGCGUGGAUGUACAGAGCUUCAGCCUGCGUGGCGAUGACCAGAGGGUGGACAUCUACCUGUCCACCAAGGAGCACACCUACACCGUCUACCUGCUGACCGGAGAGGUCCCCAGCAAGCCCCUGUUCGCCAUGGUUCUGGUGCCGACCCACAAGAAGAUCCGUCUUCGAGAAGUCGUGCGGCGGCUGAGGAGGACAGCCUCCCCUGAGGAAGUGGAGGAAUACGUUAACGUGGUGGAGGACCAACCUUACAAGCACGUCAAGCCCGUCUUCCAGCAGAUGGAGAGACACAUCCUGGGACGGGUUCUCAACACCGCCAGCUUCAGAAAGACUGCAGAGCGCCUGCUCCAGUUCUCAGACAAGAAGAAGACGGAGGAGGUCAUAGAGAAGAUGUUUGCUAUGUCCAAACAGGGCAGGGUGAAAGGGGGGAGGAAAGUGAACCUUGGGGAGAAGCUGUCUGAGACUCUACCUGACAUUUUCGCACAGGUUGAGGUGAAUGAGAAGAAGGUGAGACAGAGGACUUCAAAGCGUACAUAUGAGGACAGUCCAGAGGAGGGGGAGGGCGACUCGCGGGCCUUUAUGGAUUAUACCGACGGUCGCAAAAACAGAAAGGGGGCUUUUGUCAAGGGCCGCAAAUUUAAGGAGGUUCACAUGGUGGCCACGAGGGGGAGCGAGGGUCUCUCCAGCACCGCCUCCUACAUCCGCCUCUUCCUCCUGCUGAACACGGCCACCUUCUUCCUGCUGCUGGCCGUGCUGCUGACUCGCUUCCAGAGGGGGCGCAGUCUGCACACGCAGAGAUGUUUCUACACGAUCCUUCUGAUCGACUGCUUCAUCCUGCUGUACCUCUACUCCUCCUGCUCUCACUCACAGUGUUAAUACACCACAGACCAAUGACCCCAGGCGGCCCCCCACACCCAGUCUGAGGCAGAUUUUAGAACACAAAAGGAUAGUUGUCAGCAUAGUGAACCUGGAAAUGUUGAGGGACCCAAAGUUUUAUGUUAGAAAUGUAUAGUAGGGGUCCCAGCACAUAGAAACUGCCGGAUGCUCACCUGCAUAUGUUCCAAAUCAGAAACGGCUUAUUGCCAGGUAGGUUCACACGUACGAGAAAUGUGACUAUUUGCACCAUUAGCAUAAAUAGCAUUAAUUAGCACAUGCAGACAAAAGCAACAAUUAUUUUGUUCUUUUAAAUGGCAGUUUUGAGUCCCCUAAAACUUUAAAAUGGGCCCAAAAUUCAUCAAAAUCAGCCCACCCGGAGUACAGUUAUUGCCACUUUCUGGUUAAAACUGCAAUAUUUGAUCCUGAAAAUGUCAGAAAUGGAUUCAACAUCCUCAAUAACCUCCAAAACCACUCAAACUGUCCUAGUCGGCCACCUGUGUUUAUAACUUGUGUCUGCAUAAUAUGCUAAUGAACACAACUUGUGUAAAUGCGUGUCUAUGCUAUGAGCGAACAGACGACAAUAAAACAUAUCUGAGAUUUCAAGAAAGAUUCUGAUAAUGAAAAUAUUUUCUAUUAAAAAAGUAUUGUACGAAUAAAGUUGUAAUUUUACAAUAAAAAAGUCCCAAUGUUUGAAAGAUAGCAUUAUAAGAUGAUCCUUGAAACCCUUAUCUCUUUGAUCAUAGUCACAGGCAGGAUGUCCGCUGCUACUCUUGGAACGAGUGAAGUAUAGCUUCUAUCUACGAGGACAGAGACUAAACCAUGACAUCAUGUCUUAUCUCAUAUGAGACUUUCUCUGGGAUUAGGACUAUUCUCUUUAUAUUAUGCUUUUUAUUCUCAUCACAUCAUGGCUUUUAUUCUCUUCACAUUAUGAUUAUUAUACUUUAUACUAUAAUGCUUUUUGUUUCUCAAUAUGAUUCUUCUUUGUAGCUUUCUAUACUUUAAACAAAAUGUUAUUAUGUCUUUUGCUAUCAUCAUAUUUUCUUUCUAGAAUUUACAACUUUAUUUUCCAAAUAAUAGUGAAUUAUAUAUAUAAUUAAUAUUUUGUAUAUAGCCUUAAAAUCACAAAUGAGCUUCAUUGGGCUUAAUUUGUAUACAAGUAUUUAAUUUGUGUAAAUUGUAAUGUAUAACAUUUGAACUGUUCAAACUGUUUCUAAAAUGAGGACGGCUUUAUUCUCAUCACAUCCUCAGCUUUCCCCCGGAGUUAUUCUUGAAAUCUCAGAUGUGUUUGUUUAUGGUUGAAAAGUGGUAAGAUCUACCUCACGGGUAUUCAGGAGAAACAGCUGAUUCCAAAUCAGAAUUGAUGAACACCGGGAUGAGACCAGACCUCCUCUGAUGUAAAAGCUUCUGUGGAGCUUCAGAACGAGUGUGUGUGAAGUGUGUGUGUGUGUGUGUGUGUCCGGUCUGUAUCAAAGGUUAGCCACUAUGAUGCAGGCGCCCCAUGUCCUGACGACAUAGUUCAUAGGAAAGCAUUGAAAUGUAUAUAUGUGAAAGCAAGAUAUAUUUUUAUGGUGUUUUUUUACCAUUUGUAAAUAAAAUUACCAAAUGCAU